UCUCCUAAAGCAAACACCGUGAUCAACACAAUCACGCACAACAAACAAAAGUGGAUAAGUGAAAAUGGCGAGCGGCGAGGAGGCUGGCAGACAGCCCUCUGCGUGCUCUUCAUCUGUGGGUCUCGAGGCCUGGUUCCCCGCUCCCGUCAGCGGGGAGGAUGAGCCCGAGCUGCGGCGGCUGCGGGAGCGUCUGCGUGGAUGGCUGUCGCAGUACGAGCCCGCGGUGAUCUCGGCGCAGCGUUUGCUGGUGUGGGAGAGGCCGCUGCACAGCAUCAUCGCGGCGCUCUUGCUCAACACGGUGUUCUGGCUCCUGUCGUCCACGCCUUUAAGACCAUUGUUCCUCCUAAGUGUGUCUCUCAUUGGACUGACUCUGCUGGAGAGGUGGAAAGACAAAUUGCCUCAGAUCACUGUGUGGCAUCCUGAGGCAGCUGUGAUUGAACGAGAAACCAUAACAGAGCAGCCGCAUCUGCUAAGCAUCGAUGAGCUCAGCCAACAUCUUGCAGAAAGUUAUCUCACCUUCAUCCUCUGUAUCCAGGAAAUGAUUCAAUACAAACUGCAGAAUCAUGGAAAGUUCUGCAUUAUGAUGUGUUCAGGAUGUUUCAUUUUGGCUGUGGUUGGACAUUACAUUCCUGGGAUUAUGAUCUCCUACAUUAUAUUAUUGAGUGUGUUGCUGUGGCCGUUGGUGGUUUAUCAUGAGCUGAUCCAGAAAAUGUACACCGGACUAGAGCCCAUUCUGAUGAAACUGGACUACAGCAUGAAGGGAGACACACAGCGUCGAAAAUAUGACAAGAAAAAGCUGAAGAAGGAGCAGGAGGAGGGUGAUGAGCUGAGAGCAGAGACGGAGAGUGAGAGUGAGGAGGAGUUGUCCUGUUUCGCCCCCACUGUUGAUGUGAAGACUACGGCUCUGGCGAUGGCCAUCACAGACUCUGAGCUCUCUGAUGAAGAGGCAUCUAUACUGGAGAGUGGAGGAUUCUCAGUGUCUAGAGCCACCACACCACAGCUCACUGACGUUUUUGAAGACUUGGAUCAGCAAAGUGUGCACAGCGAACCCGAGGAGUCAUUCAGUAGGGACCUAGCUGAGUUUCCGUCGGUGGAUGAGCUGCCGUCUAUCGAACCGGGUCUGUUCCAUUUCCCUCAGGGCAUUCUAGGGUCUGACCAGACAGGUACACUGGAAGAACCCCAGUCCCCUGCCAGCCUCCUCAUCCAACACUUAGCAUCUCCACUCCACUUUGUCAACACACACUUCAAUGGAAACGGACAAGCAACUAGGGCAGUCCAAAGUGUUCUCGGUUCUGAGAACAAAGGAAGGGGAUUGGCUGAGGGCAUCUCGAGACCUGCAAGGUCACUGGAAACACUUAGCGAGGAGAUAGUGAGCACAGCCAUCUCUACUGUAGUACAGAACACUCUCUCAGCCCUAUUGCGGUCCACAGAAGCCAGCGAGGGGUCCUCCGUGGCUUCUUUUCUUCCCACCGAGAUGCCUCCAUGCCCAAUGGAAUUGACCCUUGAGUCGCCAUCCACCCAGGAAGCCGGCUUAGAGGAAGAGGAAGUUGACAUCACCAAAGCAAGCACAGAAGAGCAGCUCGAUGUCACACUCGUACCUGCAGAAGAAGAGGACUUUGAACUUCUGGACCAAAGUGAACUGGAACAGAUGGAUGAAGGGCUGGGCCUUGGAGUUGAUGGACAGGAAGUGGGUGGGACCUCAGCAGACACUCCCACAAGCAGUGAGCAGCAUGCAAAUCAACAGGAUUCCUAGCUUCUCACCAUUGAAAUUGUUAUUUUUAUUUGUUGUCAAUGUUGAUACCAUAUACUGACACACAUGCCGUGUGAAAGGGAACGUUUAUGGUCAACUAUGCCUUUAUUUUGUUUUCAAGAUUGAGAUCACUGUGAUUGGCAAUACUCUAAAGAAACAAUAAGAUGUGCUGCAGCAGUCAAAGACGCCCGUUUAGAACAUGAUUACAUCUGAAAACAUUGGAAACACUGUGUAGAUGUGCACAAAAACUCAUUUGAACAGCCCCUGCAAUUUCCUAAUUUGAAUAGUCAAAUUAGCAUAUUGGCUUAUGUGCUACCAGAACUCUAUGAUGAGUUUGAUGUUAACACCAACUAAAAUUAACAAGUUUUACAGCAUUUAUUAAUCUUUGUCAUCUUUCCUCCAUUAAUUAAAAUAAUAAUGCAUGUUAAUAUAAGGUGUAUAAGUUGUAACAUUAGUUAAUGCAUUAAAAACGAACAAAAAAACAAUAAUAUUUAUAAAUGAACAUUAUCUUGGUAAUUACUUAAUACCGUCCUGUUCUACAUCUGACUGCGCCACAGAAUUCUGGUAGCUCCGUAAUUGGCCAAAAUGCUAAAUUCGACUAUUGUGAUAACCUCUUUCACUGUGGAACAAGGAAGCUUGAACUUUGACCUGGUUUGCUCUAAGCCAAGAUAGAACUAUCUGAAUUUGAGAGAUUUACAUUUCUGAAUUUGUUCUUAAUCUGACAAUUUGAACCUGUAAUUUUAUAAUCUGAAUAUUUACAGCUAAAAAAAUUCCAAAACAAGACAAAUCUGCCGUUCAAAAAAAAAAGAUUUAUUAAUUACGAAAUUUAUACAAAAAUCUUUUUUAUUUUUUAAAAAAAAUUUUUUUAAAAAAUCGCAGAGGGUGGUUUGCUGGUCUUAACUUGCAGGUUGGUCUAGUUUGAUGGUCUUAGAGGGGUUUUGGGCAUUUCUCAGAUGGUCAGAUUGGGAAAACUAAUACCAGCAAACCACUGUAGGCUGAUUAAAGCUGUUUUUCAAUAUAUUGUAUAAUAUAAACAAAUAAAAAGAUGGCAUUAUUUAUUAAAAUAGGUAAGUGAAGAGUGAAAAAUAAUUUACUAUGCAAUACUUAAUGCAUAGAUAAUGAAGUUGCAAGACUUCUGUUAUUGGAUUUUGAUGGCCAAACCUGGAGGAAUUGGAAACAAUAUUUUAAAAGAGAUUUAAAAAAAAGUUACUUUAAAAGCAAUUAAUUGUAAAUCAAUUUCUGAAAAUAAUUUUGACAUAAUGAAUAUUGGACUGUGCAAUUUAGCUACCUAAAUAUAUUGGCAUUUGGGAAAAUAAUCUUUAAAGGUGCAGUAUGUAAGAUUCAGAAACCCUGUGUGUUAUAAAUCAGUGUUAGCAGGCAAGAUUAUUUUAGCUAAAAUUACACAGAUCAAUCCUAAUGGCACUAGAUUUCACAUGCUUUGCAGUUAUGUAAGCUUACCUGUCCAAUAAGAAGAACGCCAGUUCAGGGUCUGUUUUGAUCCCCAAAACCAAACGAAGGUCCCUCCAGGAAUCAAAUGCCCUGCCGAUGUUCACUCAAGUUUUCGCUCGACCACGAUCAUGUUCCUGCUUAGCCAGAUGGGAUUCAGUAGAUAAAUGUUCUUUGUUUAGUUUUUUUGGCUCACUCAGAGUUUGUGUAGGAGUCGGUGUUGUGCUGGGAGCCAGACAUUUGCUGAUUCCAUCUCUAAGAUAACGUUACAAAGUGUUACAGUUUGUUGUCGCUGUUGAAUAGCAGAAGAGAAGCGAUUACUCUCUGAGGCAAGGCUCUUGGGAGCGCACAUAAAUUUCACAUCCUUUGGAUUUUCCCGGCAAAAGCGACCCGCUCCCUUCGAAUGAAAAUCAGUCUACAGGCUUUAAAAGGCAACCUAGGAAGUCCGGGAAGGGCUCAUUUUUAAGUUGCAUUACAAGCCAUUCACACAUUGGCCAAAAGAAAAUGGAUAUUACAUGAAAUUGUUACAUAUUGCACCUUUAUGGUACUUGUUUAAUUUCCGCUCAAAGUGAAUAUGUAAUAGAAGCACACCUGUUAAGCCCAAAGAAAAUGUUCCUGAUUCAUAGUGCUUGCAUUUAUAUUUAUUUAUUUUUUUGUCACAUGUCAAUUAGAAGAAUUAGCAAUCUAACCCUAAACUUCAUAUGUUCAAAUUCAGGUAAAUGGAUGCACUUUUGAUCUAAUGUUGUACGCACAUGCUCAAAAUUUGCAGGACCUUUGGUUUUUUAUAGCCAUGCUAAAUAAAAUCACAUUAUGUGGUCAUAGAUUGCCUGAAAUAGUUUUAAAUGAUGAACUAAACGAUCACUCUGCAUCUACUGUAAGUUUGAGAGGAUUUUGUGCAUGGGCUUGACUGAAUUAUUUUCCCAUUUUUAAAUUGAAGUGAAGUGAGAACUUGUUAGAGGGAUCCUUGCAAUCCUAUGUGAUAGAUUGAGCCUUAUUUGUAAGAUGUACACAAUAUGUAAACAACUUGAGGUGUUUCUAGAAUUUAUCAUGUCAUGUGAAAAGAGGACAUAUUUUGGAUUGUAAUAUUUAAUAUUGAUGUGUCAUGUCAAUUUCAAAGUUCUUCGUGACUACUUGUGUGGCACUGAAUGAAUAUAAUAGGAUUUUAUUAUAUUUAAUAUUUAAUUUUAUUUUAAAAUAGAAGUUAGCAGGUGCACAUUCCUUCAAAGUCAAAAGUUGAAAUGAGCUCUUACGGUGUCCUAACCUAGCAUGACACAAUAAAGCAAUAAAAUAUG